GGCGAUCUGUCACGAUGUGGAAAGGUUAUUUCACCCAGGAUUCUCAACAAGGCAGGUUGAGGGGUCUCCGGGGUAAGUGUUUGAUACAGAGGAAAGUGGAUUUUCACUUUCCUCAUUUGUUUGUAAGGUCCAUUUUGGGACCUGGAGCCUGGAGAUUUCAAAGUGAUUUGGGAGGGAUGGAAUCUCCAAUCCUGGGACCAGUUUUUGGGAAUGGCCAGGAUACUGAUUGCUCAGGUGUGCAGGGCAAUCUUCUAGAUUCAGGACCAGGGUUCUGGGCUCCACCUCAGCAGACAGGAGUCAGGAGGGCUCCACCCCGGCAGGCAGGAGGUCACUGCCUUGGAGUCAGGUGGAAGCCAAAAGCAGCAAGGGGCUGCUCGAGAGUAGCUGUGUGCUAG